GUUUAGACUACCGCCAAUUGGAGAAUAUCAAUGACCUGGAGCCGAAACGAAACAAGAAGUAAUAGCAAAGGAACCGAUUGGUUCAUACAGGCUGUUACAAUGACAUUGGGUAUUGGACACGAGCGUGUUUCGAGUUUGUUGUUUACAUGUGAGGAAUCAUGUAUAGACUGGAUCGUUUAAUACCAAGUUCGAUUAACUUUGCACAUACAGAUACUAUGUAUAAAUUGGAAAAUUUUUACCAUCUUGAUAAAGAAAAUGAUUCAUCGUCGUGCCUUCAAAUAUCAACUGAAGGUGUUUCUAAUGAAUUAACUGAACGUGAUAAAAGUCUUCUUAAAGAGCUUGGUCAAUUAGACGAUAAUAUAUCAUCCCUUUUAAACAUGUUUAAAAGUUAUAAUCCUAAAAAUAAUUCCAAUCUUGGUGAUGCUUCAAAAUCUAGCAACUUUAUUUCUGAGCUUCGUCAGUUAACAUAUCAUAUUUCAAAUAUUUCGAAUCAUUAUAAAGGGAAUCUUGUUAAAGAUGUACAACACGACAACAUUCACAAAGAACUAAGUAAAUUAGAUCUAGAGUUAGAUGAUAUUUUGAGUAUGUUCACAGAUUAUUCUCAUUCUCAACAUAUUAGUAGGACAACGACAAACAGUACUCCAACAACUUCAAACAAUUCUACUACUGUCCCUAAAGAAACUUCCACGCUUAUUAUUCAGUGUAAUCCAAAUAGUCCUCCAUUAUCGGUAUUCUUGUUUUGUCACAUACUACUUAGUAACCAAUGUAAAAUAACAAUUAACUCAUUUGUACAUUCAACAGUAAGAGAACUUCCUACAUCACUUAAAAAGUUAAUGGAAAUUCUUUCAAUUGAUAUGCAUGGUUCUUCAAGUAAUAACACAUGUCACUGGCAAUUUGACACAAAACUGUGUCUACAUUUUAUAUGGAACUCAAGCUGUCGUGAUAUUACUGUUUCAUCCCUUGAUAAAUCCAUUACACCGACAACGUUGUAUGGAGAAUGUAUGCUUGUACAAUUGAUUGGAAAAAUUAUAGAACCUGACAAUUUCGACCAACUCUCAUCACUUAUUAUUAUUAUGGACUCAAGUUUACUAUUACCUGGAUUGUCGAUACGUAACACUACUCUAGAUGUAAAACAGAGGUCAUUAAAUAUUUUAAAUAACCACCCAUAUUUUGUGAAGUUCAAUCGUGAACUGCCAUCAAUCGUUGAUUGUUAUCUAUUUGUUUCUAUUAAGGAAUUGAAACUGUCGGAUGUCUUGCCAGCUAAUCUGAAAUCAUGGUUGCAGUUUUGUUCUAAAUGGAAAAGCUUUAAUUUGUUACCACUUUAAGUUUUUCUCUGUCACCUAAAUUUGGCAAGUAUACUUACUGGUGUAUAAAAAAUCUUAUUUUGCUAUAAUUCUUAGCUUGAGAAAAGGCGUUCAUGAGCACUUCUUCCGUACCGUUAUGCUUGAGUACUACCUAUUAAUUCAGUAGUUCCAAAUGUUUGUCUUAGUUGGACUAUUUUCUUACUAGUAAGCCUUGCUUAGAUCAAAUAAUAUUAAUAAAUAUCCCAGUUUCUCAUUGACUUCGAUAUCAUUGUACUUUGAAUGCUAAUGAUUCCUGCAAAGUAAAGUACUACUUCAGGAUGUCUGAAAAUUUAACUAGAGUCCACUCGCUCACCACCUUUGGAUUUCUUUAUCAUUUAUGCAAAUAGAGUGAUCUGAUUAGUAUAGUGCUAAAUCUACUUAAUUUUUUACAAAAGGCAAUUUUCUAUCAUCAUGGUUAUGUUCGAACCUUAUCUAUACAGCAAAUCAUGAACUUGUGAACACAUAACAGUCUUAAAAAAAAUUGAUGCAACUAGUUUAUAGCGGAAUUAUUUUUUUGAUGAAGUUCUUAAACAGACUUAUCUGUCCCCCAGAAUAGAAGAGGAUUAAAUAACUCACUUUACCAACCAGGUACAGGUUCGUACACUACACUACUGCCUUUUUAUCCAGUGGAACAAGUGAAGUGACAUUUAAAGCUACCACAUCGUAAGAGUUAAUGAUACUUUUCCACUGCCCAAACUAUAACGGAGUUUAAAUUCGCAAACCGAAAACUGUAACCAUUAAGCUACAAUUUCACCAAUCAACUUUAAAUGCCCAGUAGCUAAAAUUUGUUGGUAAAGUUGCAAAAUGGCCAUUUUACUUGUUUGAUAAGUUUUUAGAACCAAUGGUAGAGUGAAGUCAACUAGUAUAUGUUCAACUGAAUCACCAUCUCACAGGUCCGACCCAACCUUGAUAUAGUUGAUUGCUUAAGAUCGUUUUCAUUUAACGUAGUUUAUUUGACACAUUCUGGUGCACAAGUUUUCAGUUGUACUGAUAUUGCUUUCUUAUAAAUAGCUCAGUCGUUCUAUCUAUGUCGUGGUUUGCACAACUUCGUAAUUCCCAAACUAGUUGAAGCUUACAAGUUAACUUACUCAAGUAAUUAUGAUCAAGGACACCUCACUAGAAUUUCUUCAGAUUAUUAGGUCUCAGGAUUAAAUCUAAGAUGGGAUAAGUACUGCAUGUCAUUGGGGUACCUUAAAUUAUUGACCUUCCUGA